CAGAAUUGCUGCAGUGCAACCGCCGCAUCGUGGCCAACGAACGGUAGGUCGGUGGGGGGACACGGUGAUUGCGUCUGCAAGACUGCCAUGAUACAUGAGGUUUCACAGAGUUGUGUCGCUCGAGUUUCUGUAUCCAGACAUUUUCGUGGUGGGGUUGUCGUCACUUUCCUCCCAUCCCUCAUACUCGACACUUCACUUCAACUCUCUUCGACUCCGGUUCGACCUUUAUCGCGUCAUCACCGCCUUUCACUCUUUCUCUAAAAGGUCUACAUCUCCAACCUCACCAGCCCUCUAGCCAGCACGUUAAACUCGCACCGGACCGCAGUCCGAGACCGAGAUCACCGCCCUUGAAUGUCGUCGCGCAGACGCCGAACUCACGAAUGCCGCUCCUCGCACCCUGAUCGAACUUCCAACCCCUCUUCUAACUCUCCUUUUUAUCGAAUUCCCUCAGGAUGUCCUUCAUCUUCACCAUGCGCUCAACACCCGCCUCCGCGCACCACCGCGACCCCUCCACAGGCUCUCCCCUCCCUGCAAUCUCAGAAGACGGCACCUCUUUCUCAGAGGCUCAACAUCCUCCUCCUAUCCCCGCACGAGCAUCGAAUCGACCUGCACAGAAACACUUCGCGUUUGGGGCGCCGCCCAGACAUCGUUAUGAUAGUCCGCCUACACACAGUCAUUUCUCGUUAGAUGAUGAGGGAGAGAGACCGAAUGCUGAGAAGUUGGCUGCGGCGAGAGAAGGCGUGUUGAACAAUAAGCAUAUUGCGAAGCGAGGGGGGUGGAAGCGGUUAUUGAUUAUUGGAAUCAUUGUUGCGCUGUGCAUUGUGGGGUUGGUUGUUGGACUUGUUUUUGGGUUGAGGAAUCGGCAUAAGAGUACUUCAAGUAAUAAUGGCAGUACCGAUGGUGGCGCAUCAGGAAACAUAUCAGGAGGCCCCAACCCCGCCACGAGCACUGCCUUCCCAGCCGGUUCCUACUCAUUUACAACCUACCUCUCCACUGUCUUCACAAACUGCACCUCGAACCCGGCCACGUGGACCUGCUAUCCCUACACUACGUAUUCUUCCUCCCCAUCCGACAGCACCGCAACCUUCCAAUGGAUCAUCGAUCCCGUGCCCCAUUCGUCAAACUAUACUAUUUCCUCUACUGACAACUUCUUCUCCAUCGUCUUCAUCAACCUCACUUUAUCAUUAAUGAACGCCGGGCAAAGCAACGAACACUACUAUUUUUCGGAGAACAUGCAGAAGCCGACGAAGCCCUCCGUUGCCCUCACGAACCAAAACUUAGCAUCGACAUGCUAUUUUAAUCAGACCAGUUUUCAGGGGUAUCUUUAUACGAAAAUGGCAAGGACGUUUCCCAGUGGGGCAAGUAAUGCGACAGAGACUGGACAGCCGUUUGCAAACUGGCCGUACGCGGUGAGGGUUGAGCAGAUGUCUGGUGGUGGGCCAGGAACGCCUACAUGCCUUGGUCCCCAGGGCCAAUCGCUUGGGGAUUUCAGCGUCUCGAAUACUGCACGGCAGUGCGAGUGUCUGUAUUUGAAUAAUGACACUUGAUGAUUGAUGAUUGUGGUUCGGGCCUGGGUUAUGAAUAUACGACGGGGGUUAGAUGGUUUGGUUGGAGUUUGGGUUCGAUAUAAUUGGUGACGAGAUCCGGAACUGUACAUACAUGACGGCUUGCUGAUUUCUUCUUGUACAUGUGUAUAUACUGUAUUAUAGAUGAGCUUAGCGUAAUGUAUAUAUUCAGAUCCGGCCGUCUCCUUCACUCUUGCAAGC